AUGCGCAUUUUAUGGUGGACCUUGCUCCAGUUAACCCUGGCGAUGGCUGGCUCUUCGAGCAAGGAGAGCGCACCAGCGCUUCUGUUUAGUUACAAACUAACACCAGGGCUUUUAAAUUAUCAAGUUGACUACAACGAAUCUACUAUUCUGCCCCAAAGUUUGUUCUUGGAAAUUGCCGAAUUACUGAUUUCUGGGCAUAGAUCUGAUGCGUACUUGUUCAUUAAUAUCCCCGGCUUGACUGCCUCAGAUUUCAGUAUGUAUCGGACAAGUCUCAAGUUUUUGGAAACCUCUAUUAGAUCAAGCUCUACCGCCUUGAGAUUCGAGAAGGCAGAGACUAAUGGGGAUGGGACUGACAAUUACCAAAAGCUCAUCGCAUACGCGCAAGAAGAAUGGGAAAUUGAAGAUCACAUCGAUCUGCGUGGGAAUCACACUCAGAAUUUUGAGAGGUACAUCGAUUGGAGACCACGCACCAUACGGGUUGAAUUUGAACCAGCUCCUGAGGAGUAUCGCGAGGACUAUUUUUCUUAUUGUGACAAGAUUUUGAAGCACGUUCUGGGUCAGCUUCCUACUCCCGACAACACCGUAAUCUUGACUUCUCUGUCUUCUGGGGGAGCUGCGAGUAAGAGCAUUCAUGAGGCGUUUCAAGGCGUGAGAAUAUUUCCCGAGGUAUUCCAGGAUCCAAUGAAACUUUCGGAUCAUGAGAAGAACCCCCACAGUGCUCUCGCAAGGGGUUCAUUCAACGCACGGGUGCCUAAAUUCAGUGGCAUGACAGAUGAACGUCUUAGUGCAUUGGAUCCUGAAUUUUUGAAUCGCCAUCGCUCGACCUUACAAAUUGUAGUCGCCGCAACCGUGGGCUACGCAAUGUUGCAGAUCUUCUUAACGAUCAGGAGGAGGAAAGUGAGAGAACCAAGUCAUGGAAAGGUCUCUGUCGAGAAAAAAAAACAGUAA